UUCUAAUUUAAAUUACAAAGUUGAUAAUACAAAUAAUAACGUCUUCUGUGUCCGGUGUCGUAAUGUUUGCUUAGAACGCUGAACGCGUUUUUAAAAGAGUCAAAUAUAGUUUUGGUAUUUUUUUUAUCUCAUUUGUUAAAUAGUGGAAAUAUGAGCAAAAAAUUAAAAACAACACCGAAAGAAGAGCUGCCUAAGGGUUUCGUUUUGAAGGAUACUAGUAACAAUGAAUGGAUAGUACAAAAGAUUAUUGGCAGCGGAGGAUUCGGUUAUGUUUACUGUGGGACAAGUCACGGUACUCGUUUAAAAACUGAAUAUGCUAUAAAAACAGAAAACAUGGAAAGUGGACCACUCUUUGUCGAACGUAUGUUUUAUUUAAAAAACAUGAAGGAGAAUGAUAUAAAAGUUUGGAAGAAAGAAAAGAAGUUAAAAGAAUUACCUAUACCCAAAUUUUAUGGUUUUGGUAGCACUUUGUAUAAUAACAAUAAAUAUAGAUUUAUUGUUAUUGAAAAAUUCGAUCAAGAUUUAGAAUCUUUCCUAAAAACUGUCAAAGACAGUUUGUUAUUAGGUGCAGUUAUCAAUAUAGUACGACAAAUAAUAGACGCCUUGGAGUUCAUUCACUCGUGUGGGUACGUUCAUUGGGAUAUCAAGAGUCAAAAUGUGUUUGUCGGUAAAAAACCUAAACAAAAUCACGUGUACCUGGGAGAUUUCGGCAUGGUGUCUAAGUAUAAAACCGAGGAUGUUGUACCCAAUAAAAAGUUGGCUAAUAACGGUACCCUAGAUUAUAUAGCGCUAGACGGUCAUGUUGGUAUGCACACGAGACGUGCUGACUUGGAAAGUCUAAUGUAUAAUGGAUUGGAAUGGUUAAAAUUAAGUUUGCCGUGGAAAGGUCAAAGUCUUACUAAAGUCACAAAAUCCAAAUCUGAGAUGAAGGAGAUAAUUCUUUCGGGAAAAGAGUCUAAAUUAAAUUUUCCCAAAGUACCCAAAUGUUACUAUAAAGCCAUGAAACAAAUAUACAACUUGAAACCUGCCCAGGAACCGAAUUAUACUUUACUGAAACAGUUGUUGAAACAGUACAAACUAGAAAAAACGUGUUAAGUGUUCUAGUGUAAGAACUGUAAUCGAAUAACUCAUAUUUCUAGUAUAUAAAAACAUCUUUGAAAUGUGUGUACAUAGAUAAAACAAAUUGUGUACAGAUGAAAAUUUCAAGUUUUGUAUUUUUGGAAAACUUUAAAAUGACCAUAGUAAUUCUGAGGCGUACUUAACCAAAAUGGUUUUUAAUGGAACUAUUUUGACUGGUACGCCACAAUAAAAGUAAUUUAUUUAAAGUAAUCAAGUUAGAUCAGUAGAAAAAAUGUAAAUUAAUAUCCUGUAAUAAAUAAAAAUAUUAUAUAAGUAUCUUACAAUUAAGAAUGAUUAAGAAGACUAUUUAGUAUUUAUUAAAAAUUAUAGAAUGUUUUGUGAUCAGUGAUUAAAAAUAUUUAUGAUUUUUUUAUGGUGGGUAUAUGUU